AUGCCACCACGCGCCCUCUCUACCCACCCCUAUGUCUCAUUCCUCUCCGGCGCCUUUGGUGGCAUGUUCCUGACCAUUGGCCUGACCUACAUAUUGUACCCCCGCCGCGGCUAUCAACUCUUCGGCUUCAGCACCGCCCCCAACACACCCGCUGCCUGGUCGCUACCAGAAUGGGCGCUGGUAGAGCGCAUCAUGAUAAUCGCGAUGACCGAUAUCUGGAGUGGUAACAUCCUGCUACCAGACAAUAAUGCCAUCAGAGAAAUCAGCCUUGCGUCGCAAAAUCCCGCGUCUUCACCCACCCUCCCCGCCACGUCUCUACACUUCCUCACCACCGUCGAUACUUCCAAGAUACCGCUGUAUCUUGCUGCUGGGCCCAGUCUAGAUGUGUGGACAACAGAAGAAGCGACUCAAGCUUGGUUCGAGUCGAUAUUGUUGAACAAUCCCCCACCGGGAAAAACGACCAGCCAUGAUGUAAGACAGUGGUGGGACCUGGCGCGCUCGCAAUCACCAAUUGGCAUUCUUGUACAAGUUCAAAGAGGUGAGGAAGAAGAUGUGCAUAGGCCAAGAGUGACUGAAAUACUUUUCUACGGCACUAUUGCUGCUUCGUCGACAAGCGAGCUACCAACACCACCGUCCUCUUCGCCUUACGUCGACAAUGCGCACGGCGAGGUCCUACCUGAGCUCCGAGUACACGCUCUACCACUUUCGUCUGAUUUGCUGCAUACAACUAUCGACAUUCCUGGCGUUACUGAACCGCAAUUUCUGCCACCACUACACAACUCCCAUGUUGCCCCCAAAUCACCAAAACGCAACCGCGAUCUCUUCGAAGAAGCCACCAUCCAGUACAAGAAAGCACGGGGCCGAGGCGGACGCGCAGUCUCCGCAGCCGCAGCCCGAGUCAGCGAAUCCCAGAACGUAUACACCCACCGCAAAUCCUCCCUCUCCAUCGACACAAAAGCCUCGUCCUAUUCAGACUCCAGACCACCGUCUGCGUCCGACCACUUGUCCCGACCUACAUCGCACCGCAUCUCUCGAUCACCCAGCAUCUCUUCAGAUACAAGACCGCUGAGUCGCAAGGGAUUGCCAGAAUCUCAUGCCAGACGGAGCAAUUUGUCACAGGUCGCGACAGUCCCCAUACAGCCUGAAGAGCCGACAACAGAGUCGCGGAACAAGGAUGCACUUGUGAAGGUGGUCAUGGCCGCAAUGCGAAUGCAUGGACUGCAGCAACGGAAGCAGAAUAGAUCGCGUCGCGCCUCUGCAACUGGUGCAGAAGAAAGCCAACAGUUGAGCGAGGAGGCGGCGGCUGAGGAGGCUGUGAAGGACGACGACUACAAACUCAUCUACCACCAGACCUACAAAGGCGCUUCACUGGCAUUGCGCAAACACAUGUCCACUGUCCCCCUUCACGCCACACCCGAUAAGAUGCGCGACGUCGUCGAAAAGCUACUCACGCUCUUCCUCUCCGAUCCGCUCGCUGAACCGGAACCGGUGCCGGUUCCUGUGGAAUCAGUGGCGACGCCUGGUGACAAGUCAAGAAUUGGCCUCUUCGGGUCUGCACAUGGCCAUGCUAGUCCGUUUGAUCUGCCGAGUACACAGAGGAGGCCGGGGAUGAUGAGGGCUGUGACUGAUAGCCAUGUGUACACGGGGAGCCCCGUGACACGCCUUCGCACCUCCCACCUCAUCCACGCACCUCACUGUAACAACAUGCGGUCCAGCAUCUCCGCCCUUGCUCUGCUUGCCUCGGGCGCAUCAGCAGCAGCAGUCCCUUGGAUCUGGGACGUUACCAGCUUCUCUAGCAUCUGCAGCGCCGCCGCAUGCCGCUAUUCCUUCCACGUUUCCGCACCUAGCGGGCCCUCUGGUCAGCCUUCUUUCGACGCUAGCUUCUGUUCCGGUACCAGUGUACAGGGCGGGUACAAGGCGUGUGGUGUGGUCGGUAUAAGAGCUACGAGGCUGCGUUCCUCGGCUGCUGCCUAG